AUGCAAAAGGCACUUCCACAAAUAUUUGGAAAAGCAGUCUAUUCCCUUUCAAGAAUUAGCGAUGAGUUGUGGUUUGAUCCAAUGGAAAAAGGUCUUGCUUUGAGAGCAGUGAAUUCAUCAAGAUCAGCCUAUGCUUGCAUCUAUUUUUCAUCAAUAUUUUUUCAAAGUUAUCAAGAAAGAGCUAUUCAUGAGGAAGGAUGUGAUGAUGCUCUCUUACACCUGAAGUGCAAAUUUCCAAUGAAGUCAGUACUACCAGUAUUCCGAUUUGUAAGCAACCUAGGCAGGAAUGUGGACAAGUGCAACAUUUACACAAAUUUUAAGAACUGUUGUGUUGUUUUUCAGUUGUUUUGCAAACAUGGUCUUACAAAAACUUAUAAUCUAGUUUAUCUAGAGUGUGAACCAUUACAGGCUGUUUUUAAUAAAAAUACAUGCCCUAACAUCUUGAAAAUUCAGUCAAGAAUAUUGUCUGAUGUCUUAAUACACUUCCCCACUUGUCAAGAAGAACUUACUUUAAGUGUUACUCCUCUGAAAGUUUCAUUGAAGACCUACAUUGAAGAAGAUAUUGAUUUUUCAAAGGCAAUGCAUACUGAAAUACACCUUAGCCCAGAUGAAUUUGAUUACUUUCAAGUUGGUGUUGAUUCAGAAGUAACAUUUUGUCUCAAGGAAUUCCGGGGUCUAUUGGCACUUGCAGAGGCAACCAACAAUCACAUUUCAGUAUACUUUAGUAAACCGGGAAAACCGGUUGCAUUUAGCAUUGAUGACAAGCUUCUUGAAGCAAAUUUUAUUCUUGCAACAUUAUCAGAAUCAGAAAGUAAAGCAGUUUCUCAAAGUUCACUACGUUUAUCCCUUAGGUCAAGUCUUUGUGCUCCUAAUAUGGAUGCAGAUAAGGAAAACACAAUCCGAGUGUCAACGCAAGAAAACACUGAAGUUUCACAAAAUCGAGUAAAAAAUAUGUGUUCUGCUAGCCCCACAUUAUUAACAGCCUAUAGAAAUGCUUCAAACAUGUAUCAGAUGAUGGAAGAGGAGCGUCAUGAACAUUCAGAUUAUAAUAAGUUUUGUACUCUGUUUUUUGGAGCCAUAUCAUCACAGCUACAGCCAAAUACUGAUCAGACAUCCCAUUGUUUGGCAACAGCAAGUGAGGAUGAAGAAGAUAAUUACUGUGUAGGACUUUCUCAAACAUUUUAA